AACAUAUGACACAUCAAAUACUCAUACUACCAUUUCGAUACCUCUUGUUUGCACACACACACACACACAAACAAUUACACGAUGGACAACAUGACCCUAACCAAAAUCCAAAUCUCCGGCCCAACCCUCGCCUCCUUGCUCCACCGUGUCUCUUCCUCCUCCGGCGACAUCGACGGCCUUCUCUUCGGCCACGUCACCACCACCACACCCAUCACUCUCUCCGACGACCCAUCCCCAUCCUCAACCACCACCAUCUCCGACCAACCCACCCUCACCGCCACCGUCACCUCCUUCUUCUCCUCCACCACCACCGCCACAUUCUACACCCCCUCCGGCGACAUCAACACACAAACCCUCACCACCCUCACUUCCAACCAACCCCCAUUAAUCGGGUGGUUUUCAUCUCGCCGGAAAACCCAUCUCCGGCCAUCCAUGAGAGAAACCCAGGUCACAUCUUCAUUAGUAUCAAAUUUGGGCCAAAACCCAUGUUUUGUUUUUAUGCUUUUAACGACGCCGUUUCAUGACCAGUUGAUACAUACACAUGAAUAUAAAGCUUUUCAGUAUGUAUCUAUAUCUGAUAUAUUUGUCCCAAAAAGUUUAGAUGUUGUUAAUUUAGGCCCUGCUUUUAGAGGGCAUUACGGUAAUUUCACUCCUAGUUCUUUGUUUCCUGAUUUGCCAUUUGAAGUUAAAGGCUUGAAUAAUAUGAUUGAAGAUGAUGUAAAUGAUGAUAAUGGUAAAACUGAUAAUGAAAAAUUUGGUAAAAUGUGUGAUGAAAAUGAUGGAUUUAAUAUUGGGAGAUUGAAGAAUUUGAUGGGCGAAAAUGCGGCUAAGUAUACAGAUGAAUUGGAAAUGUUGUAUAAUGGUAUGAUUAAGAAGUUGAAUGGAUUGGCUAAAGUUGUUGAAGGCUCUUCUGCUAAGGUUCUUGAACAGGAAAAUCAUAAUAUGAAGUUGAGGUAUAAAGUCGCUGGAUUUGAGUAGAAAGAUUGUCUGAAAGCCUUUUUUGUGUUUUUUGAGGUUGUGAAGUGAUCUAUUGAUGGAAGCUGGAAUUGUAAAUUUGAAGUAGUAAUGAAGUAGCUGCUGCUGUUGCUUUGGGGAAUUUCCAGGAUUCAUGCUGUAAUCAUAAAUCCAGCAAGUUUAGUUUCUUCUGCAAGAUGGCGCACUCAUGAUUUCAAGUUGUUCAUCGUCUCAAAAGAGUCCGGGAGAAGUAGUCUGGAUUUUAAGAGGAAACCUGUAUCUUGUUCGUGGUUUCUGGAUUGCAAGCCUCCCUAAGCAUCUUGUGUAUGCCAGAUUCUACUAAUGAUAAUGUUAUAGUUUUGUUAAUUCGAGUUGGCUUCAGAUAAAUAUACCUGAAAGUGAAGGAGUUGAAAGUUGCAUAUUGCUUGUUGUGUACUGAACAUUACUCAGUUGGGUUUAUAUAGUUUAGGACGUGUGUAAAUUGUUGUAUAAGGUACAACUAAUUAUGUAUGUCUUGAACUCUCUACAAAGUAGUAAAGUGUCAUGUUUAUUAAA